CGCUGACGACGAGCCGAAAUUUUCGCCUGGCGCACCACCACGACCAAACACAAACAAGGCAGCCGCCAUCAAACACACACACGAGGGUGGCACCGUGCCAGAACAAGGAGGAGGAAGUGAGUCACAAGGGAGGCAAGGAAGGAGGGAGGAAGGAGGGACAUCAAUAAGGAAGCAAGCAAGCAAGGAGGAAACAAACAAAGACCAUGGUCAAGAAAGGCAAGAAAAAGUCCGGCGGCAAGAAGGACUCCAAAUCAAAGGAGCCGUCAGCCAUGCAGCUGCAGAUGCAAGAGCUGGCCAAGCGAUUCUGGGCUGGUUAUCAGAAGCGUCUCACUGCAGCAGGCCAACAAGCCAUACCAGCUGUGGAGACGGCUGUCAAGACAACCAUCAAAGAUUGUGCCCCGUUUGUGCAUCUCGUCGUGGACAGCGUUGAACUCUACACAACACAAAACCCGCAAUCGAGACUAGCGCCGUUAUUCAAUGCGCUGUUGGAGACUGGCUAUCCAUUUCUGCAGGAGCUGUAUCUGUGGAACCUAACGCUGCGCAACGAAGAUGCAGCUGUGCUGUCAACCUACCUGCGCCAGCGCCGUGAUUUCACCAAGUUUGAGAUGCUUGGCUGCAAGUUUGCAGACACGCGUGGGUUGGCAACGCUCGCUGAAGGGCUUGGCUUCAACAAACACAUCACCCAGAUUAACAUGUCCUUUAUCAAGCUCGGGUCAGAGGGCGUGCGCCUCUUGGCACUCGAGCUGGCCCACAACGAGAUGCUGCGCAAGCUGCGGCUGCACCGGUGUUCACUUGAUUCCCACGCAGGCGAAAUUCUCUUCCGCUACCUCUCGGCUGUUCCGCUUACACACGUCGACCUGGAAGGCAACACCCUCGGGCCCAUCGGUCUCCGUGACAUUUCCAAAGUUUUCCCCGCGAGCGAUGUGCUGCAGGAGCUGUCACUGCAGGAGAAUGGCAUCGAUGUUGCAGAGUGCAGUGAAGAGGAUAUGCAUGCAGGCAUUUCGGGCAUGUGCGAGAACAUUUUGCAAAACUCAACACUCAAGACUCUCAACCUCUCUUUCAACACCAUCGGCGACACAUACGGACAGAUGAUCCUGGACGCGCUCAAGCAGCGCAAGGAGAAAGGGCUGCCCACUGUGACGAUCAAAGUCGGGCAUCGAAUGCGGAGUGAACUGUAUGAGGCAAUUUCAGCUGCGGGGAAAUUAGCGAAGAAGGGUGGGAAGAAGAAAAAGGGCGGGAAGAAGAAGAAGAAAAAGUAGCGUCCGCGCACACGUACGCAUGUGCACGUGUUCACGUUUGCGUGCGAGCAGCUGUGCACUUGUGUGUGUCGCAGCCAGUACCUUGCUUGCUUUCCCUUGUCCCUUCUUCCUUCGCGUGCUGUCUCUCCUGUCAGUGUGAUUAGCUAGCUGAAACCCCUCUUGCUUUGGCUGCUCUUGCCUUUGCUUUGUGCUGAUGGUUUCUUAUCCCCUGUUCAUACGAUUCUGCUGCUGGUGCUGUCGAUACUCUGCGUCAUGCGCCUGUUUGCGUGUCACUGCCGCACUUGCCCCCCCCCCUACACACACACCUUCAGCCAUCUUCUCCCUCACCCCGCCCCCCCUUUAGCUGCUUAGCUCGUCC